UCUGCCAUCUUCACCCUUCUGUUCUGAGGUUUCCGAGGGGAGUCAUGGUUGCAAACACUGGAGGGACAAUAAUGCAGAGUAGGAGUAGGAGGUCUAAUAUUUCUUGUACAAAAACAGAGAGGAAAGUCGUUGAGAGAAAUAGGAGAAAUCAAAUGAAAAGCCUUUACUCCACUCUCAAUUCUCUCCUCCCUAAUCCAAACUUCAAGGAAGCACAACCUCUGCCUGAUCAGAUAGAUCGAGCAAUAAACUAUAUAAAGAGUCUGGAGGAAAAGUUGGAGAAAGCCAGGGAAAAGAAAGAAAGCUUAACAAGAAGCAGAAAAGGAUCAUAUACAUGCACUUUUGAUCCUAUAUCAAGUGCUGCAUCAAAAUCACCUCAGCUAAAAAUCCAUGAAAUUGGUUCAGCUCUAGAGAUAGUUUUGACAAGUGGGCUAGAUAAUCAGUUCUUAUUUUAUGAGAUUAUUAGCAUUCUUCAUGAAGAAGGUGUAGAAGUUGUCAGUGCUAAUUUUCAAGCUCUUGGAGAUUCCUUUUUCCAUAUAGUCCAUGCACAGAUGAAGGGAUCUGCUGAUGGUUUUGGAGCUGCAAGAGUAACUGAGAGACUGAACAGGUUUAUUAGUGGAUCCACAAGUGAAAUAGAGUUGGAUUCAGAGCUAUGGGAUUUUGCAGUUCAUCAUCCUCAGACUAAUUGGGAAUUCUAAACAGUACUAAAGCACCAAACUUAGCAUAAAAUGAUAGUAAGACGCUUGGCAUUACAGUUUAGAAUCUGAGUUCAAUUUCUUGAAAUCUGUAAGAUAUAUAGAUGUUAGAAGGAAGUUUACACAUGUAUGGUAAUAUCCUGUAUAACAACGAAGGCUUGUUCCUUGUUGGUUUUCCAUUCAAAUUUGAUCUCACUGUACACUUUGUUUUGAAUUUCUUUAGAGCAACAUAUUUCAUUAUGAUGAAA